AUGGUACGGUGGUACAGAAACAAUGAACCAAUCAAACCAGGCCGUUCCUACGAGACCGGACACAGCGCUGGUGAAGCUUGGUUGAAGAUCGCUUCAGUUAGUCAAGAACACGCUGCCGAGUUCAAGUGUGAAGCUAGCAACCCUGCCGGAAAAGCCAGCACUGUCGCUAACUUGGUCAUUAAACGUGAGUUUGAUUGAAAUUUAAUUUUAUCUGCAUUUUUGGUUAUUUUGCACUUUAUAGGCGUAAAUUAAUAGUUUCAAAUUUUCUCUUUGUUUCCAGCGACCAGUGGUAAGAUUGGACUUGUUCCGGCUAGCGCCACAGGCACUAUUGUCUCUGAGGGACCAUCUUCAGCCCAAUCAAAGACCACCCAAGCCGCCAAGGCUCCUCAAUUUGUUCAGAAACUCACCUCAAUCAACGCUAGAGCCGGCGAGAACGUGAAGCUGGUGGCUGUCAUUGACGGUCAACCUCUUCCCAACAUCACAUGGAAUUUUAACGGAAAAGCUCUAACUGGAGCCCAUAAGGUGGGUCUGAUACAUUAUUUAAAAAGAUAUGGUCCUCAAAUUAAAUUAUGAGAUUUUCACAAUGAGAAAUAACUAUUAAAUGUGUUUCAGGCUACCCAGGAAGGAAACAAGGUCAUUCUCGAAUUGACCCGUGUUUCCGCACAACAAGCUGGUACUUAUGCUUGUGUUCUGAAGAACGCAAGUGGAACUGCUCAAUCAGAAGCUAAACUUAAUUUACAGAGUAGGUAG